AUGGCGGAGUUGCAUGAGCAACUUGCAAAAUGGUUGGAAAAGAAGGUUGAGAAGGAUCCUGCUUGGCAUGGAAUUCGGGUAUUUCUGUCAGGACAUGAUGUCGGUUAUCUCCUCACUUUCACUUUUUGCCCUGGAGAAGGUGAACAUAAAAUAAUGGAUUUUAUAAGACACGAAAGGACUUUGGAUGGAUAUGAUCCUAAUACUCGUCAUUGUAUGUAUGGACUCGAUGCCGAUCUCUUGAUGUUGGGAAUAUGCUCGCACGAGCCUCAUUUCUCGCUUUUACGAGAGGAGGUAAAGUUUACUCGACCUCCUAAAAGCUCAUCUUCAAAUCCUAAGAGGGCCAACCCUUCGCAAAUCAACUUCCAUUUACUACAUCUUUCUUUAUUAAGAGAGUAUCUCUCGUGGGAAUUCUAUCCACUCAAGGCCACACUGCCAUUUCCUUAUGAUAUGGAGCGAAUUAUUGAUGAUUGGGUUCUAAUGGGCUUUCUUAUUGGUAACGAUUUCAUUCCUCACUUACCUUAUGUUCACAUACACGAUGACGCGCUGCCACUACUGUAUAAAACUUACAUACAAGUUCUUCCCACCCUGAAAGGUAAGCUUUUACUUUUUAAGAUCUGUGUGUUCAUAUCUUGCUCAUUGCAAUCUUGUCUUCAUAUGUACUAGCU